AUGGACGCGAAUGUUGCCGAAUAUUGUAGGCAUGUGGGUUUCGGGCAACUGCGUCGUAUAAGUACUGCGCCCCUUGUGCAUCUACGGCUCUUUCCUGCGACUGUGAUGAUGGAUUCGAGGGAAAAUCCGAAACGUCAGGCCAAUAAACAUCUUGUUUCCGGUGAUCGCCUUAUCUUCUUCUUCUUCUUCUUCUUCUUCUUCUUCUUCUUCUUCUUCUUCUUCUUCUUCUUCUUCUUCUUCUUCUUCUUCAGUGAGAGGAAUGUUUACUUAGAAUCCACAUUAUUCGAAAUUUUCCCAAAUCCCUCUGACAGAAUUAUAUUCCAGGUACAACACUCUAAUCUUUAAGUAGCGCAAUGCUCACGGAGAAAUAUGAGAGGUUCUUGGUUUUGACAGUGCUGUGCUAAAGUGUACUGCCGACAUGGGUGAAAAUUUCCACGGCUUUCAGUUGGGUGCCGUUAGCAUGGAUGCGAGGGACGUUGCGUUAAGUGCGGGGCGGCGUUCGAUGCCUAAACACUGUUUUGUCUGUGUUUAUUUUUAGUCCGAAGUUGGCGCGGUCGGCGGCAUAAAGGUCCAUGUCCUUUUGCAUGUCUGCUUCUGUCACUGCGCAGUCGUCCGCGAAGAGCAGGUCAUGGACAGCAGUCGCAUCGGAAUCUGUUGUUGAGAGGAUGGGCAUCGGUCCCGUAGACGAUGCAGACCCGCGGGCGCUCAUCACGGUAGGCAUCCAUCAACGUGACGGAGAACAUGAGGAUGAAGACGGUGGGAGCGGGUACGCAGCCCAGCGUCAUUCAGUCAGUCGCUGCGAAUGCUUCUGAGACAGUCCCACUGCCCGCGUGCCGUCAUCCCGCCGUAGAGUUGUCACACCAUGUGCAUGCAUCGUUCAGGCCAGUGGAAUUUCUGCAUGAUUCUCCACAGUCCUGCGCGGUCUGUCGUGCCAAAUGCUUCCGCCAAGUUGACGAAGGUAGUGUAGAGGCGGGUUUGAAUCUCCUGGCACUUUUCUUGCAGCCGGCGUGCGGCAAAGAUCAUGUAGAGGGAAGCCAUACCGGCUUUUCGAGAUAAGUACUUGUUCGAGACGGCAAUUGAGGCAGUUACAGAGGAUGUGAGCGAAGACAAUUCCGGGAUGUUAAGCAACGAAAUGCCCCCAUGGUUAUCACAGAGUUUACGCUUCCCUUCCGUCCGUAAAGAUGGACAGUUGUCGGGUCCCUGGAAUCCUGCGGAGCUUGUCCGCAGCACCAAAUCUCUUGGAAUAGCGUCGUAGGUCGAUACGUGAUCUGGGGGACACCGUGCUUGCAGACUUCGGCCGGAAUCACGUCCGAUUCCACUGCUUGCCUGCUGAAGAGUUGGUCCAUGACUAGGAAGGGUCUGGAAGGGAAUACGGGAGGACCAAGUCGUUAUGCAUUCCAAUCUGGGGUAUUCAGUCGGUUGCAGCGUCUGAGAUUGUGGAGGGAUGGUUGUGGACUCUUCUGAAGUGCUGAGCCCAGCGCUUCAUAAUCUCGUAUUUCUCCGUCAGAAGUGUUGUUCCGUUGAAGCUAGGAAGUGACACAGUUCCCUCAACUGUGCGGUCGUAGACCGUCUUGACUGAUGCGAAAGAAGUCCUUUGUCUCACUGUGGUCUGUGCCCGUGCGGGCAUUGAAUUUACCAAAGAUAAUUAGCUUGUCCAUCUGUUGUACAGAUGCCAGGAGGGCGUACAGAUUAUCGUAGAAGUUGUUCUUCGCCCCGUUGAAGCUGGUCAUUAGGGAGGAGGGAGAGAACGUAGGCACUGAUUAUGGUGGCGAAUUUGGCUACCCAAAGAGGCAGGCGCGAUGUCAUGAGGCGGUCCUUGAUGGCCUGCGGCAGACACAACAGUUGUCCUACGAUGUCGUUCCGGAUGGCAAAGGCGACGCCUGCGUCACGUCGCCCUGCUUUUGGGUGGCCGCUCCAGAAGAGGGUUUAGGCGUCACCCACCUUCCCCAGUUGGCCUUGUUAGGGGAAGCAGAUCUCGCUGAGAGGAGCGACGCCCAUUAA